GCAAAUAUGGCGGCGCCCAUGUGAAAAUGAAAUCGUGAAUUUUGAAGAAAUGCAGUCCUUUAUCCAAUGGAGAAGAGGUGUCGAGGUGCUCCUGCGACAAAACAGAAUAUGUACAUACUGUACAAAGUCGAAUAUGACACCGUCAGCAGACAUUACAACAGAUACCGUUACUGUCCGAGGGAAAACCUAUAACAGGGACAGUUGGACAAAUGUAACACCAACCAUUCUGCAGAAAUUGGGCAAGAAUUUACAUGGCAAGAAAUAUCAUCCUCUAAAUCUCAUCAAAUUACGAAUCAAUGACUUUUUCUAUAAAAACUACUUUAACAAAUACAGAAACCCACUAUUCUCUGUAUAUGACAAUUUGAGUCCCGUUGUAACACUGUAUCAGAAUUAUGACAGCUUACUUGUGCCAGUGGAUCACCCAAGCAGAAGGAAAACGGACAGUUAUUACAUCAACUCAGAGUAUAUGCUGCGAGCCCAUACAUCUUGCCACCAGGUGGACUUGAUAGGAAUGGGCCUUGAUGCAUUCCUCCUGUACGGUGAUGUGUAUCGCAGGGACGCCAUUGACUCCAGCCAUUUUCCAGUAUUCCAUCAAGUGGAAGGAUUAAGACUCUACACUAAAUAUGAGCUUUUUAACAAAUCAACAGACAAGGAUACAUUGAAUCUGUUUGAAGAUGGUCAACGCCUGCCUACAAAACAGGAGAGCCACACUCAUGAGACGUCAGUAAUGAUGGAGCAUGACCUGAAAAAAACAUUGGAAAAUCUUACGUUUCAUUUAUUUGGAAAAGAUAUUGAGGUGAAGUGGGUUGAUGCCUAUUUUCCAUUCACCCACCCAUCGUGGGAGUUGGAGAUUAAGUUCCGUGGAGAAUGGAUGGAGGUCUUAGGCUGUGGCAUCAUGGAACAGAAGAUCACGCGUUCAGCGGGGGCAGCAGACAAAGUUGGAUGGGCGUUUGGUCUGGGGUUGGAGCGACUUGCUAUGAAACUCUAUGAGAUUCCUGACAUUCGCUGGUUCUGGAGUGAAGACACAGGAUUCCUUUCACAGUUUGAAGUUCAAGACCCAUAUACAUCUAUCACCUUUAAACCGGUCAGUGACAGUCCACCAUGCAUUAACGACAUUUCUUUCUGGAUCAACCAAAAGAGCUUUUCAGAAAACGACUUCUAUGACCUGGUAAGGGCAGUAGGGGGAAACCAAGUGGAACAGGUGCAUUUGAUUGACUCUUUUUUCCACCCGAAAAAACAGCGUCAGAGUCAGACUUACCGGAUAGUGUAUCGCCACAUGGAACGACCACUGACCCAGAAUGAGGUCAACAUUUUACACGAGAAAAUCUCCUCAAAGGCCGUGCAAACGCUUGAUGUGGAUAUAAGAUGAUAAUCAUGUCAGUAUAGACAGAGAUGAUACUUAAUUGUGAUGCUUAGAUGGUGUUUAAAUUUGAUUGUUGAUAAAAGAUUAUCUGUAUUUCAGUUUCUUCAAUUAAAAAAAGAAAACAAUACAGGAUUAUAAAAUUCAAGGAUCAAAAGUAGCAGAUUCAAUUCGCUUUUCAUUGGAUAAGUUUGAUGACAUGAAUAUAUUGAUCGUGUUGUGUUUGUCAGGUAAUGUUGUUGGCUGUGAAGUAUGAUAGGAUGAGUUCAUUAUAACGGAAUAUGCAGAGGCGGAAAACGCUGUGGCAUCUUCUAUUGACUUUGGAAAUUGUUUUCAGAGAUAUUCAUAUGAUCCAUAUGUACAUUAGUAGAGAAAGAGAAUUUACUUUCAGUGUACAUGUGUCAGGUACACUUGUAUAGACAAAUCGAAUAGAGUAUAAUGAUAUAAUUACGUGAUUCAAGCUCUACUACAUAUAUGUACCUAGUACAGUAGCAGGUGUUUUAUUUACAUAAUGACUACCGAUAUGUAUUUUGGAAGAACCUAUCAAGAUAUAUUUUUAUGUAAUCACUUUUGCAUGUUUGUUUAAAUAUGAUAUGCAUUGAAUUUGUUUUUACAGCAAAAAAUAUAAAGUUUAAGUUAACAGUGAAAGUUUGUAUUAAAUAAAUACAGAAUGCUGUGCGGUGAGACGACACAAAGUAAAAUGUGUCUGCAAGGCAUAUUUUAUUUAUUUAAUCAUAAAUCGUAAAAUAAUUGAAUGAAAAAUGUACCUUUUUGAGUUCUUUCUCUUAAAAUCAAACAACAUACUGGACGUUCAUUUGUAAGUUUAAUUUUUGUGUGAAAAUAAAUAUAUUGGUUGGAUGGCCAUAUGAAUGUGUGAUUUGUACAUGUAGUCCUUUACAUAACUUGAAUUCAUGUUGCCAUGGUGUAGAAAUGUAGAAUGUCUUCAUUCAUGUUCAUAUGGUUGAACAAUAUUUUAGUUUUUGUAUUAAAAUUGAAAAUAAAAACAUAUUGCUGAGGUAUGGAAA